GAGGAUCUUCAGAGGUUAAUUUCUAGAAUGGACGAGGGAUUCUAAUCUCUCAUUAAAUUCUGAUUAGCUUCUAUGUUCUACCAUAUACUAUAAUAAGCAAUAGGCGUACUAAUCGAAUUUCGCAAAUAUCGAUCUUCCACUUUACUCCAAAAGUGUUUCGUGUGGUCAAUUUCUGCUUUCCUUUAUUUACUUUCCCGUAUAAAUUGCUUAUCGACAACGAUUACGAAACAGUAUUCAUCCUUGAAAAGAUAAAGGAUGCGUCCCUACUCGGUCCUUCGCACUGUAUCUCGCUUUGCAGAUAAGAAAAACUCUCCUGCCACAGCGCAGAUAAGGCGCGGGCUGGAAAAAGACACGGGCAUCAAUUAAACUACGACUAAUUGCAAACUAAAGAAAGUGGGCUCGUGGCAGCUGCUGCCAGGGAGACGAAAACUGUCUAAAGAUUACCUUUGUUGCACCUGGGUCCUUGCAGCAGCUGUUCUCGACCCCUAGGGCUCCUACGACAAAGGGUUACAGCCACUAAUUAUUGUCUAAUUUGCAUGUACCGUGAUUUAAACCUCGAUGGACAGAUCUAUGGCGUUGGGGGACUACAGUAUUUAUAAAGCGUUGGCAAACCGCAAGAUCGGUGGCAUUGUUGACACGAGGGUGAUGGCUGGACGAAUUAUUGGAAGCUGGGUUUACGAGGGAGAGCAAUCAAGACCGAUUUUACUAGCAAUUAAAGAACGUGUAUGUAGAUGAUAUUUAUUAGAUUGCCUAUGCGUGGAGAGGAAGUGCAACCCGUCACGCUCGACUUUUUAUUCUAUAAACAUCGAUAAAUAACUGGAUUAGUAUCGUCGAUGGCAAUUUUUCCUUUAACUCGGAUGCUGCAUUUUUUCCUCACCAAAAUAAUCCUUUGGAUUUUUUCGAAACCUCAACUUUUGCAUUAAGAAGAAAAAAGAGGGCCGAAUUUUAGAGUCGAUGAGACGAAAGUAAAGUCGAGGAAGGGGUCAUCGCCCGCUAGUUGCCAUGACGACGCGGUUUAGUACAGGUGUCGAACGUUACGUUCGGACGUUACGUAACGUGGGUUUUAAACGUCGAGCCCAACGAUAAAUUCGUUUCUAAUUGGGAAUAUCGAGGGUGAGCGAAAGGAGGAGGAGGAAUACGUUAUUUCGUCACACGAAAACAUAUAUAAAUGCUAAAUCAUUUAACCACGUCUCGCGCAUUGUCUGCGAGGGUUUCGCAAACGUGACGGGAGUAGAAAACUGUAGGAUAAACCCCCUCGACAGAAGAGAAACAAAGGAAAACAGCGGGAUACGCUAGGUAGAAAGGCGAAACGUCCAAUUAAAAAACAUGACAAUCAUUUUCCGCCCCCUCGCCACUCUCCUACCACAACUUUCCAUUUAAAUAUCCGUUAAUCUGAAUGUCACUUACGGAAAAGACAGAAUAUUUUUGUCCAUUGUCUCCUACCGAAAUACGUUUUUUUCCUUCUCUCUCUCUAUUUUUGCCUGCAGCUAUAUAAACAGGUGUGGUUUUCCCACACACGCCACUUGAACUAGUUAAAGAUGGCGGGUCAAAAACCAGACGGUCACAGGUGGGAUCGCGUAGACCUAUAUUACGUCGACAAGAGGGAGAAAAUUGAAUACUUAUCUUCUUAAUAUUCUCACUUUGUAAGGGUGUAGAUAUUGAACCCGAUUUAUUGCGCUUUUUAAGAGUUAAGGAACUGAUGGAGGCUAAGAAAAAAAAACACAAUCGGUUGUUGGAAAAGUAGACUCUUCUCUUGUUUUUCAAAGUAAAAAAGAGAGAGAGAAAAGUACAAUUUACUCGAGUCGAAAACUUUUGUGUCGAAGAUAAAGUGCAGCCAUUUUUAGUCACUUAAAAGUGUCUUACAUAAAGAACGGUUGCUCACUUGUCACUUUGCGGUGUAUUAUCCGCUUGGUCAGCUUGUCUUGGAGGAGUUCGGCGAGAACAUCACCGGGAUACAGGCUGGGAUUACCGAUAAAAAGAAUAAACGAGGCGACAUGUCUUACAAGAAGGACUACUGAUUUCUGCCAAAGUGAUACUCCCUCGUCUCUUUUCUUCCUUGUUUGUCAGUAAACCGGCAACGUUCUUCUUGUCAUCUCGUAUAUUUUGCUUGGUUAAUUAAGAUCGGGUGUUUCGGCUUGCUCAGAAUUUAACGCUUUAACCCCUUCCGACACGUGAAACGUCAAGGAAGACCUAGAAAUGUCUUCCUUGACAACCUCUACAUUAAAUAUGUUUUUAAUAUAACAGAACACGUAUAAAAUUGAAUUUUUAACGUAGGUUUGCCGCUAGUGCCCAAGGUAGAGUUCAUUCGGUACUGCUUGGCCAACACCAGAUAAGAUGCCCUACAUAUUCAUAAACAAUUUCAAUGUAUCGAUCGUCAUAGAGAUUAUACAGUUAUGGAGUGAAAAAAAGGGACGUGGAGAGGGGGAGGCGAAGAUCUGUAGCUCAUCGUUUAAGGGCGUGGUACGACGGAAUUUCAUAUUUGGGCGUGGUCGUCUCGAAAGUUGAGCCGCAAAGAUCUGUCGACAUGUUUGAAAUACGCUUACCAAUAUCUGAGACACGUCACUAAAAUCCAGUAAGCUAACCGAGCGUUUAUAUAAUUAAAAAUCUUAAGACUGGAGUCGGUCGUUGCGUCUAAGAUGGCGUAGGAUAAUUUAAUGCGAUCACGUCACUAGGUUUUCGUAACUCGUCUUUGUUGUAGACUUGUUUAAACGCCUAUUCUCGUUGUACACUUAAAUAAUUAGAUAGUACGAAGUCGGGAUGGUUACGGUUGACUUGGACUACGUUCGUGUUCUUCGGCUUGUUUGCAAACUACAAUCGACGUGUCAGGAAAAGUCGUCGUUGCGUAACUUAAUGUGUCCGGUUGAAGGAACUGCGGUCUUUGUAAAGUUGGGUACUACGCAUCGCACGCUCCCUCCUCGUAAGCAAAAUGCGGGCGAGAGAAACACUGUAAGCAAAGGGUUUAGGCUAAUCUCUGCACAAGAGUAUUGCGGAGCGGGAAGGAUAAACAAAGGUGUAGAGCAAAAUACACCAGCGUUUUAUACAGGCCGGGACCGGCCCAGGUUACAUCUGUGUGACGACGCCGUCCCUUAUAGUAGACCCGACAGUCACCAAAGUGCCGACCUGGCUCCCAGAAAGAGAAGAGGGAACCUGCCGAAAGAAUCUGUCAAGAUACUAAAAAUGUGGUUGUACGAACAUCGCUACAACGCUUAUCCUUCUGAUCAGGAGAAGAUCCUUCUUUCGAAAGAAGCCAACUUGAGCGUCCUUCAAGUGUGCAAUUGGUUCAUCAAUGCCCGUAGAAGGAUCUUACCUGACAUGAUCAGGAAAGAGGGACAAGAUCCAUUGCAAUUCACCAUAACCAGGAAGGGUGCCGCUCACAGGAGUAGUCGUACUAUCCUACACGUCCAGGGGAGUGGACGCAACAGUUCCGGUGGAUCGGUAGGGAAAUCUAGUCCCCCCUUACCUAGUGCCACGGAUGGCAGCGAGGAUAGUGCCACGGAUGGCGAUCCCGACAGCGAAGAUUCGGACAGUAGUGGCAACUCGAGCGAUUCCAGACUGACUUCUUCGGAGGACGGUCCAUUGAAAUUAACGAAGAGGUGGAGAAGGACUCACGAACAAGAACUCCUGAGUAAGAGCCCCGAAGAUAGUUCCUAUUUAGCAGCCGCAUACACCGAGUCUUCCAGAAAUGGUCUGGAUCGUGGUCAUUCGUCGGUGACUUGGGCGUUAUCCAACCACACACCUCCUCCUACACCACCGUCGAUAGGUAAGGACGAUCCUUUCAGUUGUCUUUACUUGUUGGUCGACGUCGCUGUCAGAGAACUUGCCAAACAGCGAUCGGAAGUGGGCACCGCAGGAGCCGAUUUAUGACUCCCACUUCAUUGUUUAAAGCGACAACCUCAGCCGAAAAUUGGAGAAAAGUUUUGGUUUUCUUCUUCGAUAUAAGUGCCUGCAACGUCUGCUCAAAACAAUUUCAAAAAUAAAAUAAACUGCCCAGAAUGUGUAGAGACGUUAGAAGAGAGUGUUGUGUUGUUUUUUGUGAGUGGCUAAGCCUACAAAAAUCUAAAAAGUGCCUUUUAUUUUCUGCUGAGUUUUUAGCAUUAUCAGAAGAUACGUGUGUUACUCGUUGAAUAAUGAACAAGACUUCAUUUCAUUCUAUUUUUAACUUCAUCAGGUUUUUAGUUAAUCGUCGACUCGAGGACCGAUGCCGUGUACAUUUCUUUUCACAACAUAGUUUUUUUUAUUCGUCUACAUCCCGUCACUACUCCACACAGAGGCUAAGGAUUUUAUUUGACAAAUAUAUAUAUAUUUUUCGUUUCGUCUUUUGAUCAGAUACGAAAGGUCAGAUACGAAUGCCUUAAUAUAUACUGGCUAGGCGUGACGUCUCGCCUACUCCGUCGGAUUAUGGGCAUCACUUUGCCUGAUUUAAAAACAAACAAAUAUAUAUUCAAAAUGAUAUUACCAAGCUUUUUUUCGCUUCUUUUUAACAGAAAUUUGAUUUUUUUUUUUUUGUUUUUUUCCUCUCUUCUAAUAAACGGAAUAGAUAUAGAAGCUUUUUUGUGUGUUUUUUAAGACAUUUAAUUUUUAUUCUAUCUAUCUAUCUAAUCGAAUCGAAUCUAUCUUAGUCCUUCUCUCUAUCUAUCUCUCUUCUCUCUCUUCUCUCUCUUCCUCUCGCUCUCUAGGACUCUCUCUCACCGUCUGCUGUGACCUUUCGUGUCGCCAGUUUUCGAUUAAGGAGAGAGAAAACAAGGAAAAUAGUUGUAAAAAACGAAAAAUAAGAGAAAAUAAUCCUUAGCCAUAAGAGAGGGGAGAGAAUUUUAGGCUUAAAAGCAUACGUAUAUACAAAUUAUACAAAAAAAUAUAUUUAUAUAUCUAUAUAUAUAUAUAUGUAUAUACACAUAUAUAUAAAUAU